AUGACGGUUCCCUUGAGGAGCGAGGUAGAGGCAAUCAUGGAGGCUACGGAAACCACGACGGCUACGACUAUCACGGAUACGACGACAAGAACGUUUGUGAGGUCAAGCAAACCUAUCCUUACUACAAGUAUCCUUGCGAUUCAAGCCCCUCUAAUGGCACGUCUCUUCUGGGAGCCACUUUUACGUCUUACUGCAGAUACCAAUAUGCAGAUUCUGGAGUAUGGUAUAGCGCCCCAAAGGGAUGGGUCAAAGAAGAAGAUAAACCUCGAAGGUGCCCUGGUGCAUCGAACCCAUGCCCUGUAUGAGUCACAUUAG